AUGAAAGUAAACCCACGAGAACGUGUCUUCAUAGAUUCCAGUGAUCCUCUAUGUCCGAAUCAGAUCAUUCAUGGUAACGAAAGUUAUUCUUUUAAACCACCAUUCCCACCAUUGAUCGAUCCCAAAGAUUUGAUCGCGAAAAGGUCUGAUGGGGAAAAAGCACCAACAAGAGCACCAAAUGCUUUCAUCAUUUAUCGAAGAGCAUGUGUUGAAACUGCUCGAGCAAGAGGUUAUUACCUACCAAUGACAGUGAUUUCUACCAUGGCUUCAAAAUUAUGGGAACAAGAACCCCCUCACGUAAUAAGUCUUUAUAAAAGUAUUGCACGGGACGCGAAUAAACAUCACUCGGAAAUUUUCCCGCAAUCUAUUCGUCGUAAAAAACGUAAAAAGUGGAACAUUGUGUCAUUUCAGAAACCCACCCAAAUGAUCGGAAGCUCCAUUUUAGCAAAUCUUUCUCAAUCACCCCCUACAAAAAAUUCGAAGGAAACUUACGAUAACCUACCUCAAACCUCGAAAUUCAAUGCUACCAAAGAAAAUUUUCCCGAAUGUUAUGAGCUUGAAAAACGUUCCACCUAUCCAAGUUCUAACCUCUCCUUUGAAAGUUGUUGCGAGAUAAUAGAUUCGAGUGUUAACUAUAACUUACCUUAUUCAAGCCCGGAGGUAAUUUUCGACGGUUAUCCCGAGAGACUUUCUUCCGAUACCGCUACCUUACCUAUAGUCGGGGAUUCUGGCGUCAUCAUAUCUAAUGUGUUGGGUUCGUUCUCUAUUUACGGCGUCGAUUAUACAAAUUUACGAAUCUCGACGAGUAAUUUGAACGUAACACCGAUUUCUGACGACAUUUCCGGUGUAACUUUAUUAUCAGAUAUACGAAACUGA